AUGCGCCAGGGCACGCGGCCAUUCUUAGCAGCAGCAGCACAAGGUUUCGCAGCUCGUGCGCCCACGUGGUGGUAUCGUUGGGCGGAGAUGCUAGUUUCAUCGCCCUCGCCCUCCUCCGCCCUUCGCCCUUCACCCUCCUCUCCUCCCACUCGCCCUCACCCCUCUCUCUCGUCUCCUCCUCUUUCUCGUCACUCGUCGACGACGACUUCACAUAACCAGCAUUAUGAGCCUGUUGGUAACCCGACAGCUGCGCCCGGUAGUCAUCUCUCUCCUCAUUCUUCCCGUGUGGCCAUCGAAGAGCUUCGUUCGGCUCUAAACCGACACACCGUUGCCUCGUCCCCUCCGGGGCCCUCAGGGGAUCUCCCUCGCGGUCGCAUGUCCGCUGGGCUGACCUCCCUUGGGGGCGGAAACAGCACUGCCGCGUCUACCGCUGAAAGCGCCGCCGCCGCAGCCGCCGCCGCCGCCAAUAUCAACACAAACCCUUCAAGCGCCCCUUGUUAUACCCACAAUAACGGCCCUCCUGCUGUAAAUCAAGCUCAGGCCUCCGCCCCGGCUCCCACACAACCUCCCGCGGCCACCUCAAUGCCCGCGCCAAAUAGCAACGGCGCAGGGUCUAAUAAGCGCAACAGCCCGAACGACCCUGUCGCUAAUGGUGGACUUGCAAGCGGGAUAGGGAGCACAGAUUUGGAGGGCACGCAAUCAAAGCGGCUGCGUCCUUCCAAUCCCACAGUCAAGUUGCUGCCGACUCAAUAUGAACUCGCCGAUCCUCGGGAUAUCGUUGUGCUAAUCUCUAGCAUGCUGAUGGAACUUAUUCGGUUCAAUGACAAAAUUCCGCUCCAUCAAGGUCGGCUGACUCGUUUUCACUCCCGAUCUCCUCCGCGGAUUUCCGUCAAUGACUAUCUGCAGCGAUUGACCACUCAUGCCACACUUUCCCCUCCGAUCUUGUUGAGCAUGGUGUAUUAUAUCGACCGCCUUUGCGCUCUUUACCCAGCCUUUACUGUCUCUAGUCUCACUAUUCACCGAUUCCUCAUUGCUAGUGCAACAGUUGCGAGCAAAGGGCUGAGUGAUAGCUUCUGGACGAACAAGACCUAUGCUCGGGUGGGCGGUAUCAAAUUUCUAUUCCGUGUAGAGUGGCGCAUUGUCCCUCAGCCGGAAGUGCUUGAGGACUACUACCAGAGUCUAGUUGAAAGAUGUGAAGGAUAUGAGAUCCUACGCGAACCUUGAAGGAGCCGGUUCCAUUUCAACAUAUGCCUUCUACUUACCAUUUGUUCGACCUAGAUGGGGUUUGAGAUUACUUGCAUAGCAUGCAGCAGCGUUAUUCACCGAUUUAAAAUUCUACGAAGGGGAUCAGCAAUAUCCCCUAUUGUCUUAGUACAUAUCACGUUAAAAGAAAGGUACAGACAGAUGACUGUGCUAAUACAUAACUCAACUGUGGUGGACGAUUAGUUUUAUUCAUGUUCUUGGUUCAUUUAUUUCUGUUCUUUCAUUGCAUAUUUUUUUCUUUUGCCAUGUUUGCAGGCUGUAUGUCGAG